CGACUGCCCUUUCCCCAUUUGUUCUUCUGCUUUACCCUCACUCUUGCUUGAGGCUGUUUGAUUUUGCGGCAGAUUCCUCAAGAGAUAAAAAAUGGCGGGCCUUGUACCUCCUGGUAUCCCGGCGGUUCCGGCCGAUGUUUCCCACACGGCGCACACCAAACACGACGAGAAAACCGAUUACAUGAAUCUCCCUUGCCCUAUUCCUUAUGAAGAACUCCACCGCGAAGCCCUUAUGUCUCUGAAGCCAGAAACCUUUGAAGGAUUGCGAUUUGAUUUCACCAAAGGUCUAAAUCAGAAAUUCUCUCUCAGUCACAGUGUCAUUAUGGGCCCAACAGAAAUUCCUUCUCAAUCUGCUGAAACCAUUAAAAUUCCUACUGCUCACUAUGAGUUUGGUGCCAAUUUCAUUGACCCCAAUUUGAUGCUUAUUGGGAGGGUGAUGACUGAUGGUAGACUCAAUGCAAGAGUGAAAUGCGAUUUGACAGACAAUCUUACUGUGAAGGCUAAUGCUCAACUCACAAAUGAGCCUCAUAUGUCACAUGGCAUGUUCAAUUUCGAUUACAAGGGUAAAGACUUCAGGUCUCAGUUCCAAAUGGGAAAUGGUGCCUUAUUUGGUGCUAACUAUAUCCAGAGUGUGACACCACAUUUUUCCUUGGGGGGUGAAGUAUUUUGGGCCGGUCAGCACCGAAAGUCAGGCAUUGGUUAUGCUGCCCGAUAUGAAACAGAUAAGAUGGUUGCCACAGGGCAAGUUGCAAAUACUGGGAUUGUUGCUUUGAGCUAUGUUCAGAAGGUAUCUGAUAAGGUCUCACUUGCGUCAGAUUUCAUGUAUAACUACUUGUCAAAAGAUGUAACUGCAAGUGUCGGAUAUGAUUACAUCCUUAGACAGUGUCGUUUGAGGGGAAAGAUCGAUUCGAAUGGAUGCACAACUUCAUAUCUGGAAGAGCGACUAAAUAUGGGCCUAAACUUCAUUCUCUCUGCAGAGAUAGAUCAUAGGAAGAAAGACUACAAAUUUGGCUUUGGAUUGACUGUGGGGUGAUGAUUCAAUUGUUUCCCCCUCAUAAAAUGCAGCUUGAAAGUAGUUUUUAGUUUCUUGGAUCAGAUUGAAGAAUUGAAUUUGUACUUGAAAUUGGUGUUUUUAUUGGAUUUGAUGAAGCAAGAUUUAAA